UACGCCAGAGCAAGAUGGCCGACGCGGCGGCCACAGCUGGGGCCGGUGGCUCCGGAACGAGAUCGGGAAGUAAACAGUCCACUAACCCUGCCGAUAACUAUCAUCUGGCCCGGAGGAGAACCCUGCAGGUGGUUGUGAGCUCCUUGCUGACAGAGGCAGGGUUUGAGAGUGCCGAGAAAGCAUCCGUGGAAACGCUGACAGAGAUGCUGCAGAGCUACAUUUCAGAAAUUGGGAGAAGUGCCAAGUCUUACUGUGAGCACACAGCCAGGACCCAGCCCACACUGUCAGAUAUCGUGGUCACGCUUGUUGAGAUGGGUUUCAAUGUGGACACUCUCCCUGCUUAUGCAAAACGGUCUCAGAGGAUGGUCAUCACUGCUCCUCCGGUGACCAAUCAGCCAGUGACCCCCAAGGCCCUCACUGCAGGGCAGAACCGACCCCACCCGCCGCACAUCCCCAGCCAUUUUCCUGAGUUCCCUGAUCCCCACACCUACAUCAAAACUCCGACGUACCGUGAGCCCGUAUCAGACUACCAGGUCCUGCGGGAGAAGGCUGCAUCCCAGAGGCGCGAUGUGGAGCGGGCACUUACCCGUUUCAUGGCCAAGACAGGCGAGACUCAGAGUCUUUUCAAAGAUGACGUCAGCACAUUUCCAUUGAUUGCUGCCAGACCUUUCACCAUCCCCUACCUGACAGCUCUUCUUCCAUCUGAACUGGAGAUGCAACAAAUGGAAGAGACAGAUUCCUCGGAGCAGGAUGAACAGACAGACACAGAGAACCUUGCUCUUCAUAUCAGCAUGGAGGAUUCUGGAGCCGAGAAGGAGAACACCUCUGUCCUGCAGCAGAACCCCUCCUUGUCGGGAAGCCGGAACGGGGAGGAGAACAUCAUCGAUAACCCUUAUCUGCGGCCUGUGAAGAAGCCCAAGAUCCGCAGGAAGAAGUCCCUCUCCUGAGCUGAGAAGGAAACCUGGCUUGUACAGGGGCGCAGAUUCCACCCUCCUGGGGAGUUAAAGCCACUCAAGGGAAGAAGAGGGUGACCUCCUCAUGGCCAAGCCAAGGCUGCAGGGUGUGAUCGGACAUGAUUUUCAUGGCAAACCGUCUAUUAAGAUGACCUAUUUUCACUGGAUGUUUGGGUUGAGGAAGAUAUGAACAGAAUAAUGAUAAUUUUUUUUUUUUGAGAUGGAGUCUUACUCUAUCACCCAGGCUGGA